AUGUAUGCCAAGGUGCACUUAGAUCUGUGGGGUGAAAUCAAGAAGGUCAAGGCUCAGAUCAGGAAAUUGCACGAUGCUGUCAACCCUGGCGAAAAUUUGGCUACUCAGCCUCACAUGUAUAGACUUCGAAGCAAGGAGCAGAUGCAAAUGGCUUUGAAGUUUACUUGGGAUACUUGGAAUAAGACCUUUGGCGCCAUUGAUCUCAUCAGGAGUGCACUCUAG